AUGAAUACCAAUGUUACUCCGAGCAAUAAUGAUGACUACGUUAUUAUAAAUGAACGUUCAGAGUCGUCCACAACUAGUACUCCCACAAGUUUUCAGUCAUUUAAUACAAGCCAAGAUGAAGAAAUUGAAUUUUCUGCUUGGAAGAUGUUUAAAAGACACAUUCCUCGAUUGAUUAUAACUGUUCUCGCUGAUAUCGCAUUGCCUCUCAUACUCUAUUACGUUUUACAAAAACAUAUGUCUUCAGUUUAUGCCUUAUUAAUUGCCGGAAGUCCGGCUCUUAUUAUGGUAGUGGGAAAAGCCGUUUGGUCACGAACGUUUGAUGCUAUUGGUUUCCUAGUAUUUGUUGGAUUUACUAUCUCGGCUAUUGUCGCCAUAGCCACUAAAAAUGCUCGUGUAUUAGUAUUGGAAAAAUCCCUGAUUACAGCUGUUAUGGCUGUGAUAUUUUUAGUGAGUCUCAUACCACUCCACAUAAAAUGUGGACAAAAAAUUAAUCUGAAACUGAGACCAUUGGUUUAUUAUUUUUAUAUGGAUUUAGUACCAAUGGGAGCGAAACAAGCUGGUCUGAGUCGAGUGAUCAUGGAUGAUCAAAACAGUAAUAUAUAUUCAGAAUUGCAAGAACAAAUAGACGUAUCUCAGUCAACUCCUGAAAGAUUCGUUGAACCAUCUAAAAUAGAAGUAUCCGUUGUUUACAAUUGGAUUUAUACUCAUUGUUCAAGUUUUCGCUAUGCAUGUUAUUUUCUCACAAUUAUUUGGGCUAUUGGAUUUCUGAUUGAAUUCGGUGGACGACUUAUGCUCAUCUUCACUCGUUUGUCCAUAAAUCAAAUAGUUUUGUAUGCUAAUGUGAUAUUGGGAGUUGUUUCAUCAGUAUGUGCAAUUUCCUCGGUGAUUAUUAUAAUUUUAGAAAGACGAAGAACAAUACAACAAAUUAAAGCAUGGAAAUUAGAAUAUCUACAUCGCACAUCUGCUCCUUCUACCCAUACACAAAUUUGGACAGUAAAUACGUAA